AUGUCGGCCCAGGCCGAGUCGCAGCAGCAGUCGCGCAUCCUCUUCAUCAAGAACCUCAACUAUGGCGUGACGGGCGCGGACCUGUACAAGCUCUUCGGCAGCUACGGCGCCAUCCGCCAGGUGCGCCUGGGCGACGUGGCGGGCAAGACGCGCGGCACUGCGUUUGUCGUCUUCGACGAGAUCGGCGAUGCGAAGAGUGCGUUGGACCACCUCAAUGGCUUCCACCUGAUGGAGCGGUACAUUGUCGUCCUCUACCACAUGCCUGCGCGCGCCAGCGCCAAGGCCGACCUUGCCGCGAGGGAAGCUCAGCUGGCCGAGCUGAAGCGCAAGCAUGAGAUCGCCGAGGCUGCAUAG